GCCAUUGCUAAUGCAAGGACUUAGCCGGGAUGUUGAUCAUCUUUUUGAACCGCUACCGCAAGUAGCAGCACUUCUUCAGAACGCAGCAGAUCUUCGAGAAAACAGCACGUAACAAAUUGAUAAAGCCGAUUCGUUUUGUUCAAGCACCAUUGUCCACCAUGGUGCUCUCGUCAACGGCCGUUUCUUGGUUUCCCCGAUCUCAUGACGCAAUGCCAACAGCCCGUCCGCCGCUACUGGACGAUGAACCAAUUGCGAACAGUCGGACGACUCGGAGGAAAAGCGGCGCGGACAAUGGUGAAAACAACUGCAAGAAGACCACAGGAGAAAUAAGCAGCGGCUACAACCGACCAGGAACUAUGAGACACAACAACGUGUGGUGCAGGGAAAAAACUUCUGCCUCUUCUGAAAAAAAAAGAAGCGGUGCAACAUUCUCUCCUUUCCGCGCGGCACAUAAAGGACGAGUAAACACUAUGCGCCAUACGGCACUUGCACUCGGGUCAAUCUUUCUGUCCUUGCCGAUCGCGGUCCAAGUAGCAGCCUCCACUACCUCUCCACCCGGCACAGCAACUACCUCCGCUACCGCCUGCAAAGUUUCGGAGUUCAGCAUCCCGCCCGCGACCAACCAGAUUCAGCCGGGGGUGUUGCAGUACAAAUACCUCCGGUUUUUCGAGUCCGACGCCCGGCAGCCGCCGCUGGAGGAGGUGUUUUUCGUUCUAGAAGCGGCGAAGUACAACGCGACAGUAGUCGACCUGUGCCCCCUAUGCAUCGCAAAGAUGUCUGGGUCGGGAAGGAUGAUACUUAUCAUGCUAGGUCUGGAUCCUGCAGAAAUCUGUAUUGCAUGAUUACCAAAUAAAGCUGUUCACUUUAAUAGGGGACCAAGUUAAGAGGGAGUUUCUCAUGCAGGAUAGGCAUCCUGAUAGAGAUCUCACCGAGUCUGUCGUGCUAGGUCCUGCAUUCCAAACCUUGCGGGUCAUGGAAUAAAAUCUGCAUAACAAGUCUUUCACUCCGCUCGACCCGACACAUUUACACUUGAUAGCCCGCCGCGUUUGCGAUCACCCACGUGUUCGCUGCCGCGGUGUACUUGUACGCAUCGCAAAAGUAUCGUACUAGAGCGAACUGCAUGACAAAUUUUUUCGUAGAAAAAUCGAAUUUGACAUGCUGAAUUGCCUAAAAGAUAAAGACUUGUCAUGCAAAAAUAUUGUGAGAGCGAUGCUUUUACAAUGCACACCCUAUUCCGCGGAACAACAGCGGCGAGCGGAGAUGGGAGUGCACAGGAUGCAGAACUGCGCCUCGCGACCGGAGAGGAUCCAUAUCAAAACGAAAACAAGUUCAACAGCAACACCGACCGACAUUUGCUAGCCGCCAAGCAGCUCGAGACGAAGUACGGCAAGCAACUGCUCCGCAAGGGCUGGCCGCUGGACGAAGCGUACGAAAUGUUCUGGAAGGAGAAGGAGAAACUCUUCGGGCCGCAGAAAAUUCUCUUCAGCGCGAAAUCAACCGAGUACAGCGCCACGCACGAUAUCAACUGAAAAUAUGUCUGGGUCUGGGAGAUUUGUCAUGCAUAUUUUGCAUGACCCAGGUGUCUGUAAUGCAUGACCUAGCAUCACAGAUUUUUAGGGGCCUUCCUGAUGCCUAUUUCGCAUGACAAAUGCCCUCCCCGCGUAGCACAAACCGGACGCCUCUUGCUGGUCAUGCAAUACAGAUUUUUUUAGAGUCCAAAGUUAGCAUCACAUUCCAGACACAGACAUUUUUGCAUUUGAUACACGAGAAAGUGUUGCAGCACGCGGAACUGUUGGGGGGCGGAGCAACUCCAUCUGGAGCGAAAACCACCGUUGUUGCUCCAGCUUCAACAUCAACCGCCGCAGGUACUAAAAAGCAGACGAUGCACAUUUUGAUCUGCCACUGCCGCGAGAAUUUGGAUUGGGUGAUCGGCCCGGAUUUUGUGAUUCCUGGGCCAGUAUCCGUUGCAAAUAUGUCUGCUGGGUCUGGAAACAUGUGAUGCAAGGAAGGGAAUCCUGAGCACACUGUAACGCGCUGCCACGCAUGACAAUUUUUUCGGUGCUUCUGAGUUGCGUACUCCGCAUGAGAAACUGCGUUUUUGCAUGACAGCCAAAAGGAGCUCUUCGCGGCCACGCAAUACAGAGUUCGGAGUCGUGCCAGACUAGCAUGACAAAUCUCGCAAUCUCCCAGACCCAGACAUAUUUGCAUUUGAUAACCGGAGAAAAGGACGAACGAGGUAGAAAUCACCUUGCUCAUCUACGACAAGUGUCAAACGCCGAUCGGCGAGGAAAAAACGGAAUUGUAUAUGAGUUCCAAGCUGUUCCACGAUAUCCUGUGUGAAAGCGUCCCCACCCCAUAGUCAAGAUGGGGAUUUUGCAACACAGACCUAGGAGUUUUGGGAGUCACGCAUGACAAGUUGCAUUCCGUAGUGUAGUGCGGGUUAGCAAGUGCAGCCGCAUCACAGAUCCAUCUGUUUAUCCUGUUCACAGCAUCACAAAUUCCAAAAGACGAUUGGAAAUGUCUACCAUGGGUAUGCGCAUAACAAAUGUCCUUGUCAUUGCAAAUCUGCGUGACAACUCUGGGGUGGGGACGUUUUUCAGCGUGAUGCACGAGGUGAAAUCCGUCCCGUGCGACGACCCCGUCGGGUUUCGGAGGGAUGAGUGCGUCGCGUACUUGCAGUACUUGGUGGAGUAUUAUGAUAAAUUUCCGGACUACUUGAUGCUUUUGCAGUCGGACGUGGAAGAGCACGCCUACUGGGGGUAUAUCAAUCUGUGUCCAAGAAAAAAACUGUGUUAGUGUAAGUCUUUUGGGAAAACAGCAUCACAAGUUUGUCUGCCAUGACGGGACACUUGUUAUGCGCAGAUACAAAGGGAAAACACAUGGGAAGCGAGCCGGUCAUGCAUGUCGAGCAUGACAAGUGUAACUGUUUGGCAUUUUCUGCAUCACAGAUAAUUUACACUUACACAGUUUUUUUCUUGCAUAAUCUGGUCAUGGAAUCGAUCGUGAUGGGCACCGCGAAAAACAUCCCCUUCAUUCCGUUGAACAAUGGUAUGCAUUGCAAAUAUCGAUCUGGGUCUGGAGACUUGUGAUGCUAGUUUGUGAAUGGGGGGCGCACUCCUGCAAUACGCAGCCAUGCAUAACAAGUUUCUGUGCUUCUUGUGUUUCGCUUUCCGCAUGGCAGACUGCACUUUUGCAUGACAGGCAAAAGGCUUAUUAUUUCCUGCUCACGCAUUACAGAUUCUUUCCACUGUCAUGUGAGACAAGCAUGACAUCAAACCUGCAUUCUUUCAGACCCAGACAUUUUUGCAACGCAUAAACGGUCGAAUCGUGCAAAAUCUCACGCCCUGUAAGAAAAAGAUCUUCGAGGAGACCUUCGGACGGGUGCCGAAAGCGCUGGGAACGUAUGGAAUUUUUUGUUCUGAUUCAUGUGUAUUCCGAGGUAGAAUAAAUCCACCAGCAUCCGAUGUCUACAUGUAACUAGCGUGGUGAAAAAAUAGAGGAAGAUCGCGCGCACGGUGAUCGUGAAAAAAUUUUAGUUUGCCAUUUGAAACUAACCUAUCAGGUACUGUUGCGCCCAGUUUGUCGUCUCUCGUAUCAAAUGUAAAAAUGUCUGGGUCUGGAAGAAUGCAUGUUUGUCAUGCUUGUCUGGCAUGACUCUUAAAUCUGUCUUGCACGUUACCCAAGAGCUCCAUUGUUCUGUGAUGCAGGAACGCAUCUUGUCAUGCAGAAUAGGCAACACCUAGAAGCUCAGAAACUUGUCAUGCUGAGCCAGCAUUUGUGGCCUCAUCAUGAGACGCCACCCAGCAUCACAAGUUUCCAGACCCGAACAUUUUUACAUUUGAUAUCCCGGCAGCGGCUGCAAUUACCACCCAUCACGCGGUACCACAAGCUCCUGACCAUGUUGGACGACCUAUGGAUGUGUCAGGAUCGAAAUCGACAAAGUUGAAAUGAUUUGCCAUGCAUAAAAUGCAGCCCACAAAGUGCCUGUCCUGCAGAGUAGGCAAGUGAGGGAGAUUGGAAGCCUGUUGAGGGGUAGACCUGAGCUGCUGAAGUAGCAUGACAAAAGGCGUCUUCCUUCCCCAAACAGCAUGACAAACUGGAUUUCGGUACUACCCAAAUUUGUCAUGCGCCACUUGGAAACUGGGUUACAGCUGGCAUCCAUUUUAUGCAUGGCAAAUCAUUUCAACUUUGUCGAUUUCGAUCCUGACAGAUCCAUACGACCAGGAAGCCCCGAAGCCGGAGUGCAACGACAUCAAGGGGCACAGCACCCAUUGCUUGAUGUACGAAACCAUCUGGCACGUUUUGUGGGGUAUCCUGAGUAAAAACGUCCCCACCCCAGAGUUGUCAUUAACUUCUCUGUGCUUUAAUUUGGUCUUUUCCAGUACAUAAACACCCCAGAGUUGUCAUGCAAAUGUGCAAUGACAGGAACAUUUGUAAUGCGCAGCUCCAUCAGAGGCAUUUCCAGCCGUGUUUUGGAAUUUGUAAUGCUGCAAACAGGAUGAGAAAAUGGCCUUCUCAUGCGGGUUCCCUUGCCAACCAGGACUACACUGCAGCGGGAAGCUUGUCAUGCAGAGUUCCCAAAGCUUGGAGAUUUGUGUUGCUAGAUUCCCAUUUUGACUACGAGCUGGGGACAUUUUUGCUUAGGAUAUGGGGCGAGCCGGAUUUACUCCCCUUACGGGGGGAAAACGUGGAACUGCCACUCUUUCUCCGCGCGCGGGACGUGGAUAACGAGUCCUAUUUACCGAUUGGGAGCCAGUACAUGACCACGAUUAUGUCUUUAACGACUGAAUAUUGUGAGGAAAAAUCCCCCCUCCCCAUAUCGAGAAGGAGAUUUGUGAUGCUGAUUUGUGGCUUCAAAUCACCUUUGUCUUGCCUAUAGGGUAAUGGGAGCCUCGUGGCGCGUUCUACAGCCAAUCUGUCAUGCGCUUCCGACUACUGCAAGCCUGUUUGCCAUGCCUAAUUGGUAGCCUUCUGCCUACCCGGACAGGCUGAGACAAUACCGGCAAGCACUUUCUGCAAGACAGAGCUGACUUGUGGCCACAAAUCAGCAUCACAAAUCUCGUCCAUGCUGAUAUGGGGAGGGGGGAUUUUUCGUCACAAUACUGAAGACCCGAACGCCCCGCCCGCGGGGGAAGCGGUGAGUGAUGGGCAGGAAGGGGCGAUGGAGAAGGGAAAGGUGAACUCGGCGGAGAUGUAGGGAAAAAAUUGUUACUUUUGACCGUGUUCCCAGAAAAAGAUUAUGUUCACAUUGUAUCCAAAAAACGAUAAAUAUGUCAGAAUCAACACAAAAGCUGGAUCAUGAACGUGAUACACAAGACAAAAGUUGUCGCUCAACAGCAAGCUGGUGGUUUCUUCCCAUCACGGUCAUUUAUUCGAGGCGAAUAGAAGCUCCUCUGAAUAUAGGAAAU